AUGGAAUUCAAUAUUGAAUCCCCAUUUUCAUUUGAGUUUGGAGAUGAACUAUUCCCUCUCCCCCCCAUCUCUCCCUUAGAGAAUACGAACAUUGCGUCCAAAAAGCCCAAAACAUGCAGCCGGAGACAGCCGCCGCCCAACACUUCCAACGACGAGAACCCCAACGAACAAAAGAGGAAGAAGAUUAUGCAUAGAGAUGUGGAGCGCCAAAGGAGACAGGAAAUGUCCUCUCUUUACUCCUCUCUUCGCUCACUUCUCCCUCUUGAAUACCUCAAGGGAAAGCGCUCUAUAUCCGACCACAUGCAUGAAACGGUUAAGUACAUUCAAUCUAUUCAGACAAGAAUCCAGCAACUGUCUAAUCAAAGAGACGAGCUGAAAAGCCUCUCCGGCGAGAAUAUGCCCGUCGGUGCAGUGGAAACGCUUAAUUCCUCACGGAGGGAUUCAGUGGUGGUGAGUUCGACAAAUGGAUUAGGAAUUCAAGUUGUUUUAGACACAGCCAUCCAACAUAGACUCCCUGUCUCCGACAUUCUUCAAGUUUUAAUUGCCGAAGGACUUGAAAUUAUGAGUUGCAUUACGACUAAAGUAAAUGAGAGGUACCUUCAUACCAUUGAAUGCCAAGUUGUUGAAAAUGACGGCUGCUAUCCAAGCAUCGAUGUGUUUGAGCUUCGACAUCAGUUAAUCAAUUUAGAAUAUUUACCUUUAGAAUAGAAAA